AUGGAUCUACAACCCGAAAAGGGAGGAGAAAGCCUUCGACCAGAAGAGGGGGAGGAAAUGAAGCCCGAGGGUGCUAAAGCAAUAUACGAUAUCGAACGUCGGGGCUCUGAUGGCAAGCUAAAUGCCAUUUUCGAGAAUCCUCUCGCACAGGUUUCGAGACACCAGCUGAUGGCUGAUGUGGAACGAUUUUGCACGAGAUACAACCUUAUGGAUCAUAUCGACACUUUCAAGAAAGGGGCUCUGGUAUCCCAGAAUCCCGAUGGCGCGCUCGACUUACCGGAACUCACUGAAGAGGACAAGGUAGCCCUACGAAGGGAAAAGACUCACAAAUGGUCGCAGCCAAUGGCCCUUUUCCACCUUACCAUAAUGUGCUCCAUCGCCGCUGCGGUUCAAGGUAUGGAUGAAACGGUAAAUAACGGUGCCCAAAGAUUGUACUUAGAGCGAUUCAACAUCAAACCGUUCUCGGAUGGUGGACGGUUCUCGCAAGCAAUGACGGACAAUCUGACAGGCCUUAUCGUCGGUGCUCCAUAUUUGGCCUGUGCUAUUCUCGGGUGCUGGUUGACGGAACCUAUGAAUCGAUACACCGCCCGUCGAGGCACCAUUUUCAUCACAUGCAUGAUAGCCGCUCUCGCUUCGGUCUGGGAAGGACUGGCUAAUUCCUGGGUUAAUCUCUUCCUAGCUCGCUUUUUCCUUGGUUUGGGUAUCGGGUCAAAGUCUUCUACCGUGCCCAUCUACGCUGCAGAAUGUGCGCCGGCCCCGAUUCGCGGAGCUCUGGUCAUGAUGUGGCAGAUGUGGACGGCAUUUGGUAUCAUGCUUGGAAACAUCAUGGGUGUAGCAUUCGGUGGUCUGGAGCCUGAUCUCGCCUGGCGCCUGAUGCUAGGAUCAACUGUUGUCUUACCACUCAUCGUCUGUGCUCAAGUUUACUACUGCCCAGAAUCUCCAAGAUGGCUCAUUGAACACAAUAAAAUUGAAAAGGCAUUUGAAUCUUUUCUCAUUCUCCGUCCCACCGAGCUCCAGGCUGCCCGCGACCUCUACUACGCAUAUGUCGGGGUCGAAAUAGAACGCAAAAUAAACCGAGGAAAGGGCUUCUUCAGCAUGCUCUGGGAACUCUUCACAAUCCCACGCAACGCCCGCGCAACCCUUGCAUCGACCAUCGUCAUGUGGCUCCAACAAUUCUGCGGCGUUAACAUUAUCGCAUACUAUUCCACUACCAUCUUCGUCGACUCCGGGUACAGCAUGUCAUCCGCCCUUCUCGCUUCUAUGGGCACCGGGAUUCUUAACUGGGUCUUCGCGAUCCCUGCGUUCCUCACAAUCGACACAUGGGGCCGACGCAACCUGCUCCUCUUCACCUUGCCCUGGCUCGCCCUGUUCCUCUUCUGGUCUGGCUUUUCCUUCUGGAUCGAGCCCGACGACCCGCAGAGCAAAACAAGAUUGGGCAUGGUGACCGCAGGCAUGUAUCUCUUCGAAGUAUUCUACUCUCCCGGCGAGGGACCCGUGCCAUUUACAUACUCUGCCGAAGCCUUCCCACUACACGUCCGCGAAGUUGGCAUGUCCUGGGCGACAGCGGUAACAUGGUGUUUCAACUUCAUCAUCUCCUUCACCUGGCCGCACCUGCGGAGUGCGUUUAAACCACAGGGUGCUUUCGCCUGGUAUGCGGCCUGGUGCCUUAUUGGCUGGGUUUUGGUUCUUCUCUUCCUUCCAGAGACAAAAGCUCUUACCCUUGAAGAACUUGACCAAGUAUUCUCCGUCCCAACCGGGAAACACGCCAUGUACCAAUUGAAAAAUUGCGUCUGGCACUUCCGCACCUGGGUCCUGCGCCAAAAACUGGAGCCACUACCCAAGUUCUACACCCACGCUGACAAGCUGGGUUAA